AAAUGGCGAGCGUUGCCAUAAAUACAAGGCCAUAUAAAGGCAAAUCCAGGCUACGUGGGUUCCCACUGCCUUUGGUAUCUACCCAAAAUGACGAAAACCAAGGAACAGCCUCAAAGGCACUAUGGAUAUCACACGAAGAUGUCAAAAAUGCAGAUCUAAGCGUACUGAAAUCAAUAUUUAAUAAGGAAAAGGCAGGAAUUAAACAAUGGGUAAUGCUAGCAAUAGCAUUCCGAAAUGCUGGAAGAGUAAAAUAUUUCGAGGAAAUUAUGGCACAAAUGGAAAAUCAGUUAAAUGAAGCCAAUAGCAAUGAUGAACACAAUCACAAAGAAAUGGUUUACACAGAAAUUGCCGUCCAUAAUCACAAGCUAAUGGAGCAAAGCAACGAAACGGAUGAAGAUUAUAAUCAGAAAGUCGCAAUAGCUAACUUCUAUACGAAUAUUGCUAAACGUAACGGGUAUUUCUCCUGGUAUAAGGCAAUGGGCGAAUAUCACCUCAACAAAUUCAUUAAAACCAGAGUGACAGAUGAGCUCAAGAAGUCUAAGGAGUAUCUUAAAACUGCAAUGUCCCUUAGACCAAGAAAUAUGUUAGUAGUUAUAUCCUAUGCUAAUACAUGCGUAAUGGAAAACCAAGUAAAUACAGCCGCCAUUUUCUACGCUCGUGCAUUAUUGCUGUGUAGCUACACAAAAAUGCUACUGAAAGUAAGAAAACAGCCGGCCCCAAACGAAAUGGAUAUGGAAUCUAUAGAACUCGAACAUGUAAACCAGCACCUAAAACAUGUAGAGGCACUUCUUUUCUGCGCCAUGGCCGCCUGCAAGUUCUACGACAAUGAACUUAGAGCAGCCAGGACACUAGUGGAUAAAUCACUCAGCAUCAUGAAGACACCAAUGGCUUUACGAUUAAAGGGCAGUAUCGCAAUUAACCGAAUUAUGGAUGAACCACCAGAAGCUGAAGUAGAUGGAACCACAUCUCCACAGCCCUCACCAAGGGAAUCGGUAGUAGCAUUAAUCCGUCAGUGGAAUGAUGCAUUCACUAAUGCAUAUAAACUCGAUAGCAAGUCACUUAUUAGCAGGCUGUAUUUAUCUGAUAUGCUAUUCAGAAAGGGGCAUAUCGAUGAAUGUGAAGCUAUGCUACAAGAAAUAAAUUUCCUAGUACUACCACCAGACCUUUUGGCAGAAGCCACUUAUCAACAAGCUAGAUGUGCCCAUAUUAAAUCUAAUUGGACAGGUGCAUUAAAGCUCUAUAAUAACGUGCUACAACUGAGAGGGGAUUACCUUCCAGCGAGAAUACAACUCAUCAAAUCAGCCAUAGGGGCAGGCAAUCUAUCAGUAGCCAGAGAACAUUGUGAGUAUAUAAAUAAACAAAACAACCGGACACCCGAUAUUCUGAGGUUGGUAGGAUUGGUAUACGUAGCGUCAGCAGCGGAAAUAUUGGAUACUUGCAGGGCCAAAUUGUGCAAUGCAGAAACAAAGAUGAUGGAUAUAGAUUGCAUCAGUGCCAUCAAUAGUGUCCAACAAGAUCUGUCGAGAUUACUAGAUGAAAGGCUGUUUAAAGCAUUAAACCUUUUAGAAGAAAGUUUAGCAAUAGAUCCACAGAACCAACGAACUUUAUCCUACCUUAUCUUUUGUCUCGAGCUUCUUGUCACAAGGGGACGAGAAAACAUGCUGACCAAACUCAGGGAGGCGUAUGUCACAUACUUUAGUCUAGUUAAAGAAGAUCCAUGUUUGGAAAUGAAGAACAACGAUGCAGUAAUAGCGCUGGAAUUUAGACAAUUUGAAGAAGCAACAGAUAAAUUGACCGCUUUAUGGAAUUCAAUAGAGUCUAUAGAUAAUGUACCUGUAAUAACAAAGAUGACAGUUCAAUACAACCUAGGACGGGCCCUAGAGGAAUCGGGACAAAUACAAAAGGCGCAUAAAAUCUAUAGUGCCUUGACCAAGGAAUACCCAAGAUAUACGGAUGCUUGGCUAAGAAGAAGCAAGCUAGUAUUCAAUCGUGGAAAUGUCAAAAGUGCACACAAAUAUCUCGACGAGCUUAAACUGCAUCAUAAAAAAAGUCUGCAACCAUGGAUCUAUAAAGCAUACCAGCUGUUUUCUAUUGGACGUUAUGAUGAAACUAUAGAAGAACUGAGGAAUAUGUUUCGAGCUGUCAAUACAGCAAGCUUCGAUGCAUAUGCAAAUACGCUAUUUGCAUGUGCACUUAUUAAACGCAGUGCCAAGGGAACUUUUGGCCCUUUACCAAAAGAUGUAAUACAGUAUGCAAGAGCUGGAUUACGGAGGCCUUGUCUGUCUAAUUUUUAUGCAGCAAACUGUAUAGCAAUUUUCCUGGCACAUGCCGGCAAGCUCAAGAUGGCAUACGAGUGCUUCGGUAUACUGCUUGAAAAUACAGCAAUUAACUCUCACAUGAGAUUUAUAGCAAACCGAAAUAUGGGACUGCUCUGCGCAGCAACAUCAAUAGGUAACGAGCGCAGAAUUGAACGUGGUAGCUUUGAUAAAAUGAAAGGGGCAAAAGCACAGCAACACUUGCAAAUUGCCAUGGCGAAUAAUAAAAUGGAUAUAAGCACUUAUAUCGUGUACUCAAGGUUUCUAUACGAUUGUCAGCGUUAUGAUGAGUGCGUGCAAUUCAUAGAAAGCGCACGUAUGCUCUUUCCUAGGGAUAUCAAGUUCAUCUAUAACAUGGUGGUUUCAAUAGACGCCAUGCUUUGCAAGCACUUCAGGAACUCUGAAAAAUUAGCUUCAGCUACAGAAGUAGCAAAAAUGCUAGUACAGGCGCAAUUUGUCAAUCGUAUGGUGGCACACCUACUGAAGAUACACGAAAGCUAUCCCAAAAUGUCAAAGAGCCAUCUAACUCAAAUAGCUACACGAAUCAGGGAAAAACUUAUACCGCAUAUGGAAGGAGCACUGCCACAACUAGAGGAAGCUGCUACCGAAAGGCAAGUGACCAAGGGCAAGCACCUUGAACUACAAAUGAGCAUACAACAGGCUCAUGAAACCAAGAGAUUACAGAAGGAAUUAGAGCAACGUCGCGCAGAGGAGGCAUAUACUGAACUCUCGGAGCAGCUACUUAAAGAAGCUUCAGAAAUAGCAUCGGAAUUGAUGUACAAUAGGAUGCCAGCCACAGGACAGCUUGAUAAUAGGUGACAUCAUUCUCUGGAAAGAACAGUCAUUUAACGUAUUGC